AUGUCCAAAGGGCUCCCAGAGACCAGGACGGACGCGGCCAUGUCAGAGCUGGUGCCCGAGCCCCGGCCUAAGCCGGCGGUGCCCAUGAAGCCCGUCAGCAUCAACGCCAACCUGCUGGGCUACAUCGGCAUCGACACCAUCAUUGAGCAGAUGCGGAAGAAGACCAUGAAAACCGGGUUCGACUUCAACAUCAUGGUCGUCGGUCAGAGUGGACUGGGCAAGUCAACGCUGGUCAACACGCUCUUCAAAUCCCAAGUGAGUCGCAAGUCCUCCAGCUGGAACCGCGAGGAGAAGAUCCCCAAGACCGUGGAGAUCAAGGCUGUGGGGCACGUGAUAGAGGAAGGCGGCGUCAAGAUGAAGCUGACUGUCAUCGACACGCCGGGCUUCGGAGACCAGAUCAACAACGAGAACUGCUGGGAGCCCAUUGAGAAGUACAUCAACGAGCAGUACGAGAAGUUCCUGAAGGAGGAGGUGAACAUCGCCCGGAAGAAGCGCAUCCCGGACACCCGUGUCCACUGCUGCCUCUACUUCAUCUCCCCCACCGGACACUCUUUGCGACCGCUGGACCUGGAGUUCAUGAAACACCUCAGCAAAGUGGUGAACAUCAUUCCCGUCAUAGCCAAGGCUGACACCAUGACGCUGGAGGAAAAGUCCGAGUUCAAGCAGAGGGUUCGUAAGGAGCUUGAAGUACAUGGCAUUGAAUUCUACCCACAGAAGGAAUUUGAUGAAGAUUUGGAGGACAAGACAGAGAAUGACAAAAUCCGGCAGGAGAGCAUGCCCUUUGCCGUGGUGGGAAGUGACAAGGAAUACCAAGUGAAUGGCAAGCGGGUCCUCGGCAGGAAAACGCCGUGGGGGAUCAUCGAAGUGGAAAACCUCCACCACUGUGAGUUUGCCCUGCUUCGAGACUUUGUCAUCAGGACUCACCUCCAGGACCUCAAGGAAGUGACGCACAACAUCCACUAUGAGACCUACAGGGCCAAGCGGCUCAAUGACAACGGAGGCCUCCCUCCGGGAGAAGGCCUCCUGGGCUCUGUCCUUCCACCCGUGCCAGCCACCCCCUGUCCCACUGCUGAAUGA